GCCCGCCCAUGUGCUUCGCGCUUGCCCCGCGAUGGUGGUGAGGUGGGCGGUUGCGCCGCGACGGGGAGUCGGAGGAGGGCGCAGGUAGGUAGGCGCGCCGACGCCGGAUGGACGCCGACGAUGCCGCCCGGAGCCGCAGAAGGAUGGAUCUGAACCUCUACCUCGGCCUCCCCCGCGCCCCGCGCCCGCGCCGCCCCGAUCUCGGCUCCGACCUCGCCCUCGGCAAUUCCAUGCUCUCCUCCUCCCCGUCCUCCUCCGCCGCCUCCGCGGACGCCCCGCCGCCCGACCCGGAGCCGCUCCACCCGCCCUAUUCACCCACCCGCGCCGACCUGAUGCGCCCGCCGCCCGAGCCCUACCACCUCUCCGCUUCCGUGGUGCGUGCGCCCUAUCUGGAGGCCGAGGAGGUUCCCAUAACCGAGCUCGCGGAAGAGUUCGGCUUCUCGCACCCGCCCCCACCCCCACCACCGCCGCGGCCCAGCGAGCUGCUCGGCUGGGUCGACCGCCCGUCCUCCUCCACGGCCUCCUCCACCUUCCGCCCGGAGCGUUCCGAGCGCUACCGCCGCGCCAUCUCCUUGAACGGCCGCCAGCUGCGCUGCCUCCGUCCCAGGCGCUUCCGCUCAGACCUUCCUCCUCUCAGCUCCGAGGCCCCUGGCCCGGACAACGAGCCUGCACUGGAACCACCGCCACAGCAGCCCGUGCAGGAUGCUGUCGAGGACAAUAAGGUGAUUGACGAUGGUGCCAUGGUGGGCGCUGAUGAUGAGCCUGCGGAUCGUGGCAAGAAUACUGCCAUGUUUGAGUGCAACAUCUGCUUUGACAUGGCCGACGACCCCGUGGUCACUUCUUGCGGUCAUCUAUUCUGCUGGCCUUGUUUGUACCAGUGGCUGCAUGUUCAUUCCACCCACAAGGAAUGCCCUGUCUGCAAAGGUGAGGUCACUGAAGGGAACAUCACUCCUAUCUAUGGGAGAGGGAAUUCAACUUCCGAUGUGGAGAAGAAGGUCGCUGACGAUGGCAAUGUCUCCAGCCCUAACAUUCCCGCCAGGCCACACGGCAACCGGCUCGAGAGUUUUCGACAACAGUUCCAUCAUUUGCGCCCAAUUUCGCGUAGGCUUGGCGAGGCACAUGGGAUAUUAUCUUCUUGGAGACGCAUUCUUGAUCAGCAGAUUAUGACUAGUGCAAGUAGGUUUGAAGCGCCUCCAGAAUCAUCUCUCCAGGAGAUGAUGGAUCAUGCUCAUCAGACUGGCCGUUUAGGCCGAAUUACUACCAGGAUGAGAGCAAGGAGGCUGCAAAGGGAAGCAGAAAACCCUACAUUUGUUUCUUCUUCUACUCCCGACAGCGGGCUGCCAGGAAGCAGCGCGCCAGAUCCGCCUAGGCGUAGUUCAAGUCCCCUUUCCUCGGAAGGAAUUGAUUUUUUGCAACGCCUUACCCUUGUUGGCCUUGCAAAUACAGAAAGGUUGGCAACUGCAGUGAGUGAUCUUAGAAGAAUAUCUAGGCCAAGCCUCAGAGCAUCAACUUCGUCGAAUUUGCCAAAUCAUGAGCCGCCAGUUGAUGGAAUUCAUGUUGCGGCUGCACCUUCUGCAGAUCAAACUUCUAAUUCAAGCACAAUGGCUGUGAUUCAGGAGGAUGCUGCUUUUACUGAAAGCUUACCAGAACCUAGCAAUGCAGGAUCCUCAAGAACCCUGAGGAGGAGGGGAAGAAGCGACGCCCUAGGUUCGUUGGAUGUGGAUGGUGGUGAAACACACCGGAACAAGAGAAGGCGGAUGAACUAAAGCUAAAGAAGGCCAAACUGAGUAUUGCAGAGGCUCCAGUGUUGCUCCAGUUUUCACGGUUCGCUCUUCUCAAUGAGCCCGUUUUAUCUCUUUGGGCACUAUAUGCUGGGUGUGGUUAAACUCUUCCUCUUCCGCUUGUUUAAUAGGGUACUGUUUAGUUGUUUGUUUGUUUAGUUCCUCCCUACAUGUUUAAUUUAUGCUAUUACCUGAGACAUGCAUACCAAAGAAACCUGAGAGAUUGUCAUCAGAUGAAGUUUCCUUGAUCGUAAAGCAGAUAUGUACCAUAUGGGAUCAACUUUUAGUGUCAUAAAUAAUGCACUGUCACUUGAGUCUCGGUUGUAGAUGGCUGAAGUGAGCAUGUAAAACUGAGUUGGUAUUUAGUUGAAUGGAGUGAAUGAAUGCCAAAUAGCGAACUCUGUUGUCGCUUUACUGAA